CAAAACAGUCUUCCACAGCUACGGCUAGCCCAUUGUGUGCUUGUCUCCGCGAAUGAAGACCUAGACCUAGCUCUAAGAUUCGGAUGCAGCAUAUGGCAAAAACGAAAGCUGUAGCCAUAAAAUACCGAUCCUAAGCAGAUGUGACAAAAACCCACCGUAAGGUUACGCUCUGGCGCCCGCUAUUGCCGGCCUGUAGGUAUCUUUUGCCGGGCCGUGGGCAUGAUGGAACAGAAUGAGACCGCGGUUAAAUUUGAAGAAACUUUCUUGGUUAAUUUUAAGUGUGUACCUCCUCUUAACUUGCUAUGGUGGGUAUCUUUUGCUCUCUCAGAGAGUCGGUGAUUCCAACCGUUCGGCAAAAAGCAACAGAAAAGGUCAUAGUUAUGAGAGACAAGUGGCAUCUGAACCUGCCAGCCAUCACAGACUACAACCUGCAACAGAGACAGUGGCACAGCAGAACCAGAGAGAAACUCAAGACAAUCAAAAUGAGGGUGUUAACCCUAGCUUGAAAGAAGAAAACGCCGUAGAAAUUUGGAGCAGAGCCGGAGUAGGUCAGUACACCUGGGAACAUAUCUUGGGGGCGUCGCUGGAGCCCCGUCUGGGAGGUGUCUGGAGCUAUGGACGGAAGACAGAAGGGAACGUCACAUUCACGUUCAGAAUGGGACCUGGGGUGGUCCCUGACAAGGUCCCCACCGAGGUGGAGAACCUGCUGCUCGUCCUCAAUGGGAGGGCGCCGGACAAGGCGGAAUUUGCCCGCACGUGGCUGGACUACCUGGAUGCAUUUCCCCGGCUGCGCGACGUGGCCCUGAUGCUGAUCGGCAGCGAGCAGUGUGACAACGAGUGGGUGCUGCCGUACAUGGCGUCGCGCGGAGGACCGCUGAGGUUUUUGUUUGUCGUGUAUGACACCCUCCGUGUUGACGAUGCAGAGAUCUACCAGUGGCCUCUUGGAGUGGCCACGUAUCGUGGCUUUCCCGUUGUGGAUUCUGCCAAGUUGAACCCAAGGGCCAGUCGCCCGUACCGCUGUAAUUUCAUGGGCACUAUUUAUCCGAAUUCGUCAAGGGAGACGUUGUUACGCGUGAUUGAGAAGCACAACCUGGGCGACUACUGCUACGUGAAAACCCGCGGAAGUUGGAUGCCCUCUGAAACAGAAGAGACCAGACUCGCGUACGAGAGAAUCCUUGCGCAGAGCGACCUGACGUUAAACCCUGUCGGCAUGAACACCGAGAGCUACCGCAUCUAUGAGGCGUGCUCAUACGGGUCUGUCCCCGUCAUAGAAGACAUGAAAACCCCUGGGACCUGUGCAAGCAAGCCACUUCGCCUUCUGAAACAAUACCGGGCGCCCUUCAUCUUCGUCAGGGACUGGAACCAGCUGCCCAAGAUUUUGGACAAGGAGUCCAGGAAAACCCCACAGGAGAUAUCCAAACGAAGAGAAGACCUGCUGAAGUGGUACAAAAACUUCCGUGCCGAACUGAAGCAAGAGUUUUUGAAAACCAUACAUGGGAGCUUUUUCCCUACAUGAAUUUGGAGUACAAGUUCAUCUUUUUACAUAAAAUUGUAUUUAUUAUUUUCCAAGAACAUGUUAAUUUACUGAAAAAUAGCUAGGGCAUAUAUGUAUGGAAGGAACUACUUAUAACUGCUUUAAUUUUUUUUUCCUGUGCAAGUUCACGAAGCCAUUUUAUGCAACAUCAAAAUUUGCCUAAGAGGCAAACAUUUGUCAUACAAGCUAUUUUAGGCAGUCAUUUACACUUAACUGUAGAUUAAACUUUUUACAGCAAUGACUAACAAGCUAUGCUGUUUUUACAAAAUCGUUCGAGUGAAUGGCCCUUUAAACCUUCGUAUUAGUUAAAUUUCCUUAUUGUUCGUCAAGUUGGUUUCUGUCCCUUUUAAUUUGUGCCAAAAAAUAGAAAUACAGUGAUAUUGCACAAGUAUCAAAACAUUCUUUUAACGGCUUGCAAACUGAGCCACUAGAAGUAAGGAACUGGUGGUCACGUGUCUUUGUAAAGUGACAAGACAAUAUUGGAGUUAUGUUACCCGAGGACCAAUCUCUGAAUCAAUUCCCCCUCUUUCAUCGACUACUCCGGCAGUUCCAAGCAGGUGUCACACAAGUGCUUUGUGCGUUUUGGGCCAACAGGGUGAUGUGACCUGUUUUUACCUGAAUAUGACCCACAAGUUUGAGAAUGCAUAAAGGAGGUUGGUACCACGGCACUGCCGCAGUAACGGCAUCUCCUCAUAUUAGAGCAGAACCAAUUCGUAAAUUUUCCACUUUACAUGAAUCCUAUACAUAUAUUUUUUUUGAACGCUGUACCACUCACUCUCUGUGUACCUCAUUUACAUUAAAAAAAAACAAACUAAUAAGUUACUCCUUAAAAAAGUGCAGAAGUGGGAUUAAAAUAUGAAUCAGUGCAUCUUCAACUAUAUUACACUGUGCACUUGCCCAUGUCCUGUUUUAAAUAAUUUUUGCACUCUGGGACUUUACUAGCAAGCAAAAGGGUAGCAAAAUUACCUCUUUUCCCCAGAAAUGGUUCUCUUCUUUGUACAUGUAAAUGUUACACUUUUUCCACAUCUUUUUUUGUCCACAAAUUUGUUAGUUCCUACAAGACUAGUAUCCUCUAUUUUAUGGUAAGCCAUGCUCCAGGAUUUACGCCUGACCCCAAACAGAGAUACAUGUAUUAUGCUUUUUAAUUACAAAGCGACAGAUUUCACUGCAAGUAUUAAGCCUGGUUUACAUGUCGACGUAAGAAACGCAGAGAGCAAUGCAAUCAAGAUGCAAACUGAAACGCAGAUAUAUGGAAACAUGUCAAACGGGGGUGUCGCUCACAACGCAAACUUGCCCGUGAACGAUCGGUAAAGUUGAGCAAGGUUCAACUUUGCUGACUGUCUGCGUCGAGUUGCUGAGUGGGCUUAUACAACACGCACGCUGGCAUGACAGGCGUACGAUGUUUCUCUUGCUUAGUACCACUCAUUUUAUCCUUAUUGCUAACAUGGGCAGCCCCAAUCGUCGUCAAAAUAACUAACCAUUAACAAAUUACAUCUAACUGGAUCAGUUUAAUCAGUUUGGCUUCAAGACGUAACAUUGCCGUCAGAAAAGGGCAUUUUUUAAAAUUUUCCCAAUUUCAGACACCAUUUUGUUUAAAUUUUUUUGGUGGAAUGACAUUGUGCAGCGCUUCUUCCACAAAUGUCUGCAUCUUCACAUCUUGCGGACCAUCUGCGUUACAAAUGACCAUGUAGAAGCCAGGCUUUAACCAAGCAACCUAAGAGUAACAGAACAAAUGCAAACAUAAAUUUCAUAUUUGGGUUUCUGGUAUAGGUAUUUUUGGAUCUGCCAUUGCUUAAGUUUCCCUCAAUCUGUGUACAUGUACCACUGUUCCAUUUUAUUU